AUGGCCGAUUUUGAGAUGCUGUUCUUCUUUUUAGCACAGAUGUUCGUAGUUUCAAUAUGUUUCAACUUUGUUCGAAUUUUUCAAAUUCUGUUGUCCGAGGAGGCUGUUAUUAAAGAAGUUAUAACACCCACGCUAUUUGCAGGUGUUCAAAUCAUAUAUAUGUUUCUAUCGAAUUUUAUGGGACAGAAUAUGACAGAUUACAAUAAUUUUGUAUUUGCUACUGUAUAUAGAGUUGAGUGGUAUGUAACUCCUUUACAUAUCCAGAAAAUGUUACUCUUCCUAUUAUUAAAAGGCGCUAAAAAUUAUACUUUAAAUAUCGGUGGAUUGUUUACUACAUCAUUAGAGUGCUUUGCCACGUUGGUGAAAGCUUCGGUAUCCUAUUUUACCUUUAUACUAUCUACACAAUGA